AUGGCUUUGUCCGAUUUCUUCACCCAGGAUAGUGGUGCUGGAGGAUCUUGGGCGGAUGAUAUGGACUUCCCUUCUGCCCCUGCCGCUCGUGAGAACACCGGUCCCAAGAAAGGUGAUCCCGGUUAUCUCGAUUCAAUGCCUGACCGAGCAGCCAGAUCAUCUUCCAACUUCCCCGGUGCACCUCCUCAAAGAGAAGAAUUACCCCUCCCUACAGUCCCUCCUUUCACUGCUUUCGUAGGAAACUUAUCGUACGAACCCGAUCUCGAAGAAGCCGUCAGGGAUUUCUUUACCGAUCUCUCCCCUUCAAGCGUAAGGAUAUUGAAAGAUAGAGAUGGAAAGCCUAAAGGAUACGGAUAUGUUGAAUUUCCAAGUCAAGAUAAUCUGAAGGAGGCUUUGGGAAGAACAGGUGCUCAGUUACAGGGUAGAUCUAUAAGAGUUAGCGUAGCGGAGGCUCCUACCAACCGAAGGGAUGCUCCUCCACCAUCGGCAGCGGAAGAAUCCAAUCAAUGGAGAAGAGCCACUCCCUUACCUGCUCGAACCGACGCGCCUACACCCGCUAGACGAACUUCCUCAUUCUCCCCUGCUGAACCUGGACCGGACAGAGAUUGGUCAGCUGCCAGAGGAGCCCGAUUCACCCCUGCUCCUCCUGCUCCCUCAAACGAAUUCAGAAGAGAUAGUUCGGGUGCUGGAAGAGUCAGAGAACCACCUGUUCCCACCGCCGCGGACGAAGUUGAUCAAUGGAGAAGUAGCAAACCUUUAGUAGAAGCUAAAGUGGGUUCAAGGGAUUUACCUCCUCAUCAACGAGGUGGUCCAGCGUCGGGUCAAAGUAGUCCCGGAUUGGCUGAUACCGAGAACACAUGGUCUCGAGGAACUAAGUUAAGGACUCCCGCUGCUGAGGUACCACCUGCUCGAUCAUCUACGCAAUCACCUAACGAAGAGAAAGAUUGGAGAUCACCUAGAGCUACUCCUGCUGCUAGUCAGCCAGGAAGCGUUGACGGUGAAAGCCCUCGUCAACCACAUGCCCCUCUUGAAAGGAGAAGACUUCAACUUGCUCCUCGAUCAGUUCCCGCUACUCCCUCUACUGCCUCUGUCGAAUCCAACUCCCCAUCAGGCAAAUCAUCGAUUUUCGGAUCUGCCAAACCUGUUGAUUCUGCUGCCAGGGAGGCUAUAGCAGAUGCGAAGCUCGCUCAAAAGGAGGAAGAGAGGAAGAAGGCUAGGGAAGCUGAAAUCGCUAAGAAGAAGGAAGAGGAUGAGAAAGCUAAAGCUUUCGCUGAAGAAAGGCUAAAUUCCAUCAAGGCUGCUCAAGAAAAAGCUCAAGCUCAAGUGGGUGGAGGGAAACCCCAAGGUCAACAGCAACAACAACAAAGAUAUUCAGCUAGAGAAAGAGAGAAUUCAGGUAAUAAGAAACCUUCGCAUCCCCAUCCCAACAGGAAAGGAUCUACCGAACCUAAAAAGGAUAAUGAUGGAUUUGAAGCUGUGACUUCCCGAAAAGGAUCUGCCAACGCUCCCACCGCAAUCUCUGCAACUCAAGCUCCAAAGAGAGACGCUACCACAAGGCCGGCGUUCUCGUUCGCCGCUGCUGCUAGAGCUGAAGGUAGUUUCGUAGAGGGUUCGGACGAUGUGGAGGAAGCUGCCAAAGGUGUUGAGGAAGUGAAGAUCUAG